CUCUCCUUGCGCAGAGGCCGAGCCACACAGGUAACUCAGAAGGAAAAAAAAACAAAAAAAACUCCAGGGCUUGCUAUGGAGUUCGUGUGAAAGAAACACGGAUUUCCACCCUUCUUUACCAGUUAAACCAGUAUCUCUGGAUAGAACACACUCAAGUACAGCAACAGUUUUUACCCUUGUGGUCCCUGAUGGCUUCGCACAGUGAUACUCUGGUGGUGUUCUUUGGGGCAACAGCUGGUGCAAAUGGGGGUAAACUGGGUUCGGAUGAGAGGGAAAUAAUUCUCUUGGUGUGGCAAAUUGUGGACCUACAUGAGAAAAAGGUCGGGAAGCUUCAUAGAUGUCUUGUCAAGCCAGACACUUUGGAGCUGACAGACCAGUGUAAAGAGGAAACAGGACUGACUCUGGACGACAUCGUCAAAGCUGAGCCCCUGGACAAAGUUCUACAGCAGUUUCAGCAGUCAGUGUCAUCAGAAGUGAAAUGCCUCGGCAGGAGCUCUUGCACACUUUGUGUCAACAGUCCCCUUAUCAUUCGACAGGCCCUCCACCCCGAGGCUUCCAAAAAGAACUUAGUCCUUCCUGAAUGUUUCUUUUCAUUUGUGGAUGUGAGAAAAGAGUUUCACAAAUGCUGCCCCAACGCCGGCCCCAUGGAGAAGCUCACCCUCACCUCUAUGUUGGAAUGUGUUGGUCUUCCUGCUGUGUCAGAGCAGUUGAUGGGGGUGAGAGAAGUGAAGAGCAUGGUGCAGCUGACGCUCUGCAUCCUGGCUGAGCCCUACAACCACAAAUUCUCCUGUGUUGAAACGGUGAAAUACAAGUUUGAUUCCGGCACAUGCAGUAAGACGGAGCCGGUCGACAGUGAGACAGUGAUCAGAGCACGGGGGCUCCCGUGGCAGUCGUCAGAUCAAGACAUUGCUCGCUUCUUUAAAGGCCUCAAUAUUGCCAAGGGUGGCGUGGCCCUUUGUCUUAACGCACAGGGCAGGAGGAAUGGCGAGGCUUUAGUUCGUUUCAUCAACUCUGAGCACAGGGACCUGGCCCUGGAGCGCCACAAGCACCACAUGGGCAGCCGCUACAUUGAGGUCUACAAGGCCACAGGAGAGGAAUUCCUCAAGAUUGCUGGAGGUACGUCUAACGAGGUGGCUCAGUUCCUGUCCAAAGAGAACCAGGUGAUCAUCCGUAUGCGAGGGCUGCCAUUCACUGCCACACCCCAGGAAGUGCUGUCCUUCCUUGGUCCCGAGAGCCCGGUCACAGAUGGUUCAGAGGGUCUCCUCUUUGUCAAGUACCCUGACGGACGGCCCACCGGCGAUGCCUUUGUGCUCUUCUCCUGUGAGGAAUACGCCCAGAAUGCCCUGAAGAAGCACAAGCAGAUCCUGGGGAAGCGGUAUAUUGAAUUGUUUCGGAGUACUGCGGCUGAGGUGCAGCAGGUCCUUAACCGCUAUAUGUCCACACCUCUAAUCUCCACACUGCCCCCGUCUCCCAUUGUGCCCGUCCCGGUCCUCGCCACACCUCCCUUCCUUCCAGCGGCUAGCAGCACUCGCGACUGUGUUCGCCUGCGUGGCCUGCCCUAUACUGCUGGCAUUGAAGACAUCCUGGAGUUCAUGGGAGAGCACACUGUUGACAUCAAACCACACGGAGUCCACAUGGUCCUCAACCAACAGGGUCGUCCCUCUGGCGAUGCUUUCAUUCAAAUGAAGUCACCUGACAAAGCAUUUAUGGUGGCCCAGAAGUGCCAUAAAAAGACGAUGAAGGACCGGUACGUCGAGGUGUUCCAGUGCUCCACAGAGGAGAUGAGCAUCGUGCUGAUGGGAGGAACCCUGAACCGCAGCGGCCUCUCUCCUCCACCCUGCAAACUUCCCUGUCUGUCUCCCCCCACAGCCUACGCUGCAUUCCCCACCCCACCUGCCAUUCUCUCUGAGGCUGCCCUCUACCAGCCCCCCCUGCUGGCGGCUCCCAGACCUCCUCAAACCACCACACACAGCCCUGCUCACACUCUGGCCUACUACCCCCCUCAACCACACCUGUACAUGAAUAUGAACAUGAAUUACACAGCUUACUACCCCAGUCCCCCAGUCUCUCCCUCCACAGUUAGCUACUUCGCAGCUCCACCAGGAGCAGUGGCAGCAGCAGUGGCAGCGCAGCCCCACCAUGCCGCAGCCGCCGCCGCCGCCGCCACUCCUGUGCUGCCCCAACCUGGUGCCCUGGUCAGGAUGCAGGGUCUGCCCUACAACACUGGAGUCAAGGACAUCCUCAGCUUUUUCCAGGGAUACCAGCUCCAGCCAGACGCCGUUCUCAUCUUGUACAACUUCAGUGGCCAGUGCAGCGGCGAGGCCUUGGUCACCUUCCCUAGCGAGGAGAUCGCCAGGCGGGCCGUAGCCGAGCGCUCCAACCACCCCUUCUAUGGCCAGCAGGUCCACUUGGUCUUCUGUAACUGACCACUGGCUCAGUUGAACCUCCCACUGAAGAGCACUCAUCUCCCAGCUUACCCCGGAAAACUGAACAAGCUCCAGUUGAUCCCAGUGCCACAUAAAACAGCUAGUGAACCUUUUACCUUUUCUAUCAUCGGCCCGUUUUUUGACACACACCUGACCCUGCUGGGCCCGACACUCCCAGAGUCUGAACAUCCACAGGUGAAGCAGCUGGAGUCAUCAAAGCUUUGUGUUGUGCUAAUGACUUUGUGGAUGUUAUCCAUAGCAUUACUGUGUAUUUGCACCUACUGUAACAGCUGGUUGUGGAGAAGAGAAGGUGUGGAGCCUGGACAUAACAGUGGCUCUGUGUAUUUAAAUGCUCUACAUACUGUAUUUGUCCCUAGUAAAACUGUACAGAUUUUCAUCCUGAAAUGCUUGAGGUUUUACAAACCACUUCAGCUUCUAAUCUUCUCUGUAUAUUUCAGAAUUUUUCACUCUUGACUACUAGAUUUUGGUUUGUCAUUGUUUAUGAUCCUUUGCGUUAGCUCUAUGCAAACACAGAUGUGUCUACGUGCAUGCAUAAUGUUUAUUCAUUUGAUGGUCUCCAGUGGUGCCAUUGAAAAACCAAAAAAAAAAAAAAAAAGCCAUAAAGACUGACUGAGACUACAGAAACAAGGAGUGAAUCUCAGACUGUCAGCUGCAGGGACUAUUAGUUAAAACCACAGCAAGUUCACAGACGUGCCAGUGUACCAUCUAAUUUGUAACCUGAUGUUUUUUCUGUGUAAAACAUUUAUGUAUGAGAGAAGUCAUCCCACUUAGACCUUUUCAAGCACUACAGAUUUCUUUUCGCUCCAGUCAGAGUAAAGGAACUGCUUGUCGGAGUAGCAUGAUGAAUUGAUUCUAUUUUAUAUUAAUCCCAUUUCCUUAUAAAGAUAUGGAUAUUUUGUUAUUAAAUCUAAAAGGACAGAUGUAUCCUGAAGCCUUUUAUAAUGAUCAACCUCAGCUCCUGUACAGUCUCUUUCUUCUUCUUCUUUUUGUUUCCAGACUAUUUAUAACAAUCAGUCUGUAGCAUCUUAAAUUUCUGCUUAAGACCGGAGUACUGUGCAUGAGUUUUCCUGUGACGGGCCUGCUGACAGUUGUCUUAGUUUUUUUCACCUUUCCUAUGCCUACAUUACCCAGAGUGCAAUACUGGCCCAAAUUAAGGCUAGGUCAACCUCUGGUGGCAGAGGAGAUAUUUCUUUUGUUGCAAGUUUGAGACUUGCAUGAAUUUAGCUCUGUGUAAGACUGUAAACAAUUAAAAAUGUUGACAACAA